GAGUCCCGAGAAUCAGAGUUCUCCGACGACCACCCCGGACGACGCCUCUCGCUACCGGGAUCCGAGACCCAGGCGUCGUUUCCUCCGCCAGUCUCCAUCUCCGUCUCUCUCUCGCCCCCCCUUUCUCUUCAGAGUUCCCGCUAGGGAGCUUUCUGAGAUCUCUAGAUCUCAGAUCUCAGGUGCGUAAUUCGUUGAGAAGAUCUACAAUUGCUUAUUGUGAGGGCGCUCAUUCCUUCGAAAUGGUGGUUCUUGCAGCUUCUAUCAUAACUAAGUCUGGAAAAGUACUUGUUUCGAGGCAAUUUAUGGAUAUGUCUCGAAUAAGAGUAGAAGGAUUGCUUGCAGCAUUUCCAAAGUUGGUGGGAACAGGAAAACAACAUACCUAUGUCGAAACUGAGAACGUGCGCUAUGUUUACCAACCUAUCGACGUUCUUUAUCUGCUUCUUGUUACAAACAAACAAAGUAAUAUUCUUGAAGACUUGGAGACACUGAGACUACUAUCCAAACUUGUACCUGAAUAUUCACAUUCUUUAGACGAGGAGGGUAUAUGCAAGAUGGCUUUUGAGCUGGUAUUUGCUUUUGAUGAAGCCAUCUCUCUGGGGCAUAAGGAAAAUGUGACAGUUGCACAGGUUAAACAAUACUGUGAGAUGGAGAGUCAUGAAGAAAGAUUGCAUAUUAUGGCCAAGGAGGAUAAGAUCAGGGAAGCUAAUAAACAUAUGGCUGAAAGUGCUAGGGAGAUUGAUAGAAAGAAAAAUGAGAAAAACAAAGGCAACAAAGGAGGGUUUACGUCGUCUAUUUCUGGUCCUCUAAGACUUGAUAGCAGCUUUAGUGAUAUGAAUAUCUCCAGUAGUGGAACUGGUUUUGGAAGUGGUUCUGGAUUUGGAUUGAGCACUGAUAUGGAUUCCCUCUCUAGCAAGCCCAAAGGUCAUCCUUCUGCAUCAGCUACUGCUCCUCCAAAAGGCCUUGGUAUGCAGCUAGGCAAAACACAACGGACAAAUCAAUUUUUAGAAUCAUUAAAAGCCGAAGGGGAAGUUAUUCUUGAGGAUGUGCAACCAAGUGCUAUACAGUCAAAGUCACCUCUUCCACCAACUGAUCCCAUUACAUUGACCAUUGAAGAGAGGCUUAGUGUUAUGAUUAAGAAGGAUGGUGGGGUUAGUAACUUUGAUGUUCAAGGCACACUCUCUCUACAAAUUCUUAACCAAGAAGAUGGGUUUAUCCAAUUUCAGAUUGAGAACCAAGACGUACCAGGCCUUAGCUUCAAGACUCAUCCGAACAUCAAUAAAGAGUUAUUUAACAGCAAGCAUAUUAUAGGCUUGAAAGAUCCAAACAGGCCCUUCCCAGCUGGUCAAAACGAUGUUGGUCUAAUGAAAUGGAGAAUUCAGGGCAUGGAUGAGGCCGCUCUGCCACUAACUGUCAACUGCUGGCCCUCAGUUUCUGGAAAUGAAACUUUUGUUAACAUCGAGUAUGAAGGUUCAGAAAUGUUUGACUUGCAAAAUGUUGUGAUAUCCAUACCUCUUCCUGCACUUCGGGAGCAACCAAGUGUAAGGCAGAUUGAUGGAGAAUGGAGGUAUGACCCCAGGAGUUCCACAUUGGAGUGGUUUAUUCUUCUUAUUGAUCAUUCCAAUCGCAGUGGAUCAAUGGAGUUUGUUGUGCCUCCAGCUGAUCCAGCAGUAUUCUUCCCCAUCAACAUCAGAUUUACUGCUGCAAACACAUUUAGUGAUGUGAAGGUUGUUGGUGUCAUGCCACUCAGAAGCAAUGCGCCACUGAAGUUUUCACAGAGGAUUCAGAUGAUUACAGACACUUACCAAGUAGUUUGAGUUAUGAUGGAAAUUAUGAUUUGUGGCAUUGAACUGGUCUGUUAAUUUGCCCUGAAUGUGUAGGGCCUUUGUUUUAUUUCUUGUAUUUAUGAAUCUCUGCAGUGAAACAAGAUUUUGGAUUUAAUUAAUUUUAUGAACCCCAUUCAUGUGGGGUUUCAAUUUUGUGCAC